CUGUACCUGUUCAAAAACUAUCUACAUUCAAUAGCGCAGUGCGUGUUUCUACUGAAGAGGCAACUACUAAACACCUAAAUACAGAUCCAGCGACUGCUGGUUACUUACCUACACAUGCAACUACUGAGAAUGUAACUCAUCAAUCAACAACUGGGACUGCGGACACAGAAAUGCAACACAGCAUUACACGAGUGACUACUGACCAUACUUCUGCCCUUGAUAUAACCACGGUGGUUGAGACUGCUCCGUAUAGUACUGCCGAGCCUGUCAGUGUCUCCACUGUUACGCCAACUGAAAACAGUCAAGGUUUAAGUCCAGACAACCUGGUAUUGAUCCGUGAGAACAUGACGUGGAACGACGCCCUGAGCUACUGCAGAGAGCACCACGUUGACCUGGUCUCUAUCACUACAGAGCUGCUUCAGUACAGGGUGGCCAAGAGGGCUACCAAUGCCACUUCAUCCCACGUCUGGGUGGGCCUGCGCUUCACCUGUUCAUUCCACUUCUGGUUCUGGAUCAGGUCUGAUGCAGGCUGCUACCAGAACUGGGCCCCCGGGCACGGCUCAGACAGCCAGCAGGACUGUGGGAUUGCAGGGGCUGUAGAGACCACCGGGAGGCAGCAGUGGGUUAGUCUGGAGGAGAAUCAGAGGCUCAACUUCAUCUGCUACAAAUGUUCUGGGGACAGUGGUGAGGGGUUGAUACAUCCCUGAAUCUGACAACUUUAAGUAUGUAAGAAAUGCUAACACAUCAUGGCAGCCUAAGAUUAAUCUCCGGCAGCCUGUAUAUACCAUGAGAACUCUUUCAGAAGGAUCCAUCUCCAGCAGCCUGUAUAUACCACGAGAACUCUAUCAGAAGGAUCCAUCUCCAGCAGCCUGUAUAUACCAUGAGAA